AUGGCUGUCAAAAAGAUCCUCCUCCUCAACGGUCCAAACCUCAACCUCCUUGGGACUCGUGAACCCCACAUCUAUGGUUACGAUACCCUCGCCUCCAUCGAAUCCUCUCUCACCACCUAUCUCUCCUCCCUAACACCCUCCGUCACUCUUUUAGCCUUCCAAACUAACUGGGAAGGUGCGCUCAUCGAUCGUAUUCACGAAGCGCGUACUGAUGGCACCGAUGCUAUCGUCAUAAAUCCUGGUGCUUUCACACACUAUAGCAUAGCACUGCGAGAUGCGUUGGCUGGUGUUGAUAUUCCAUUUGUGGAGGUACAUAUUAGUAAUGUGCAUAAGAGAGAGGAAUUUCGUCAUAAGAGUUUUCUGAGUGAUAAGGCGGAAGCUGUUAUUUGUGGGUUGGGCGUUUAUGGGUAUAGAGCAGCGAUGGAGUGGUGUGUAGGGUAUUUGAAAGAGAAGCCAAAAGCGUGA